AUGGAGCGCUGUGUGCCACCGACUCUGAAACGGGAUCUGGACACUCGACAAGUGCACUUUGCAGAUCUGGCCUUAGAAAAGGAGACGGGGGUGGAUGUGGAUAUAUCGCAGCUCCCCGCUGGCGUGUUGAACAUGCAGCCUACGCCCGCAGAAGCUGCAGCAGGAUCUGAACAUGAUCUCUCUUCCAAUCUCGCUGUUGCACUUGAGAGCGAUAAAUACAGCGUUGCUGUCGUUGGUAUGUCCGUCAAGACCGCCGGCGCCGAUGACCUGGCCGAGUAUGCCGAAAUGCUCAGAAGUGGACAGUCCCAGCACGUGCCUAUCACUAGGGACCGAUUGAUGCACGAUAUGUUAUUCCGCGAAGCACCAGAUAGCGACCCCAAGCGCCAGUAUUAUGGGUGCUUCGUUCGCGACUCGGAUGCUUUUGACCACAAAUUCUUCAAGCGCAGCCCGCGCGAGUCAACCGCCAUGGACCCGCAGAGCCGUCUAGUGCUGGAGGCAGCCUACCAGGCGGUGGAGCAGUCAGGCUACUUUUCGGAGCUAGAUCAUGGACAUGGACUUGGGCAAGGGACCGACAGCGACAGCACCAACAUGAACGGUAAGAUGCAUGUUGGCGUGUAUCUAGGUUCCUGCGGCGUCGAUUACGAGCACAACAUUAGCUGUCACGAACCAAAUGCUUUCACACCGACUGGGGCGCUAAAGAGCUUCGCCACUGGAAGGGUAUCGCACCACUUUGGCUGGACUGGUCCAUGCAUGACAUUCGAUACAGCAUGCUCGUCAUCAACGGUUGCUAUACACACGGCGUGUCGAAAUCUUCUGUCCGGUGAAUGCAGCGCGGCAUUAGCGGGUGGAUCGAACACCAUCACGAACAUGAUGUGGUUUCAAAAUCUCGCUGCUGGCAGCUUUGUGAGCCCAAGCGGACAAUGUAAGCCGUUCGAUGACAGUGCUGAUGGAUAUUGUCGUGCUGAAGGUCUGGGCUUUGUCUUUCUCAAGAGGUUGUCGGACGCUAUCCGAGAUGGCAACCCCGUUCUCGCUGUGAUUCCCAGCAUAGCCGUCUACCAGAACAUGAACAGCACGCCGCUAUUUGUGCCUAACGCUCCGUCGCUUUCACGACUAUUCACGGACGUAUUACGCUCGGCCAAGGUCCCGGCGCGGGAUAUUUCCCUGGUCGAGGCACAUGGUACAGGCACUCCGGUUGGAGAUCCAGCCGAAUACGAAAGCAUUCGCACUGCGCUUGGAGGCCCUGCCUCUGGCCGCUUAAAGAACCUUCCCAUCGGAUCUGUGAAAGGCCAUAUAGGUCAUACGGAAGGCGCAUCCGGCGUGCUGGCGCUAAUCAAGGUCAUCAUGAUGAUGCGGGGCGCCUUUAUUCCGCCUCAGGCCAGCUUCAAUAAGAUGAAUCACGGCAUCGACGUGCGGGCUGAUGAUAUGAUGGAAGUGGUCACCAAAUUGCGGCCCUGGGAGGAGGAUCACAAAAUGGCUCUGAUCAACAAUUAUGGCGCUUGCGGGUCUAAUGCCAGCUCAAUUGUCGCGCAACCACCCAAGUCUCCGAGACCGAGCAUGGCCGUCGAAGAGACUUCACAAUAUCCUUUCUGGAUCCCAGGCCUCGACGCUCGGGCCAUCUCUGGGUACGCUGCUAAGCUAUCCUCUUAUUGCCGUUCAUUGCCUCAAGAAUCCAGCACGCUAGCGGAUAUCUCAUACGUUCUGAACCGGCAAUCCAAUCGUGGGUUGGCGCAGAGCUUCAUUUUCAGCUGCCGCUCGAUGCCUGAGUUUCAGGAGAAGUUGGCCCAGGUGGCCUCUGCGCCGGAGAAGGACUCGGCUCUACGAGCAGGAGUCACACCGGCCAAGGCUAGCAGACCCGUCAUUUUGUGCUUCGGUGGCCAGGUCUCGCUUUUCGUCGGGCUUGACCGUAAGCUAUACGAUAGCGUAACUAUGCUUCGUCUGCACCUCGAUGAGUGCGAUCGAAUGAUAACGUUUCUUGGUCUGGGAUCCAUCUACCCCGACAUAUUCUCGCAGCAGCCUAUCCGAGAUCCGAUCAAGCUGCAGACCGUGCUAUUUGCUAUGCAGUACUCAUGUGCUAAGACUUGGAUGGACUGUGGGCUUGAGACCAAGGUCGUGGCCGUUGUAGGCCAUAGCUUUGGGGAGAUUACAGCGCUGUGCGUGGCUGGCUCUCUCAGCCUCCGGGACACGGUUCGACUCGUGGCAGCGAGGGCCAAGCUGGUGCGCGAUUCCUGGGGAACCGAUCCUGGAGCGAUGGUCGCGGUAGAAGCCGAUCUGGAUCUAGUGGAGAGUCUUCUGCAGGAAGUCAAUCGGUCGGCCGGCCGGAAUGGCUCCGUCAAUAUCGCAUGCUAUAACGGACCGCGCAGCUUCACCCUUGCUGGAUCUACUGCCGCUGUUGACGCCCUGCAGCAAACUAUGGUUUCGUCUGCCAAGUUCUCAAGCACCAAGAACAAGCGUCUCAGCGUGACCAAUGCCUUUCAUUCAGCCCUGUUCGAGAAGCUCGUUGCUGGCCUAGGGCAGGUUGGCAAAGGGCUUACUUUCCACAAGCCAGUCAUCCCUGUGGAACGCGCAACUCAAGAGAGCAAUGAGCUGUUGGACUGGACGUUCGUUCCUCAACAUAUGCGUCAGCCGGUCUUCUUCAACCAUGCUGUGCAGCGUCUCGCCAAACGCCAUCCGCAAGCUGUGUUCCUGGAGGCUCGUUCCAAUUCCACCAUCACUGUCAUGGCAGCCCGUGCCCUCGCCCAGAGCAAUGUCGCGACUCCAGAGCACUACUUCCAAGCCGUCUCGAUUACCAAUACCAAGGGAUUUGACGGGCUGACAGACGCCACCGUUGCGCUCUGGAAGCAGGGAUUGCGCAUAGCGUUCUGGGCCCACCACCAGCAACAGACACUCCAGUAUGCGUCUUUGCUUCUGCCCCCAUACCAAUUUGACAAGUCACCCGCAUCGCGUCAUUGGUUGCCAAUGAAAUCACCGGCUGAGAAGGUUCGAAAGGCUGCUGAGGCGCUUGUAAAAGAAAGAGGUGAGGUUUGGAGCAAGCAGCAGGCCGGAGCCCUCGGAACCAAGCCGCUCGCCCUGUGGGACUUUGUCGGAUACCAAGACAAGAAACAGAAAACAGCCCGUUUCCGCAUCAACACGCAGUCGGAUAAAUAUAAGGGUUUCGUUCUCGGCAAUGUCAUUGCGGAGACGGCACCUAUUUGCCCUGGGACAGCUGAAUGCGACAUGAUCAUCGAAGCUUUAUACAGUCUGCAUCCGGACUGGAAGGCCGAAGGUAUGCAACCGGUCGUUCGUGAUCUGAUCAACCACAUGCCCAUCUGCGAAGAUCAAUCCCGCGCCUAUUACAUUGAAUUAUCCGCGCUUGACAAAGAGAUGAUGCAGUGGAGCGGGCAAGUCUUUAGUGUCGAGAAGGACGCGGCGGUUGAAAAGCCUCAAACACAUGCCAAUACGCGCGUUUCCAUGCGUUCAUCUACAGACCCGGCUUAUAUGCAAGAGUUCGCGCAAUUUGAACGCCUCAUCAGCCACACACGAUGUCAAGAAAAUCUGGAUCUUAGCCUGGAUAAGGACGGGGUCGAAUCGCUGCAAGGACGUCAAGUGUACCGCGCAUUCAGUCCUGUUGUCGACUACAGUGACAUCUACCGAGGCGUUAGAUACGUCGUCGGCCGUGGCGGUGAGUGUGCUGGGCGUGUGCAGCUAGACCGACAGCAUCGACGAGCCGAUACUUGGCUCGACGUGCCAUUGAGCGACUCAUUCAGCCAGGUCGGCGGCUUGUGGGUGAAUGCCAUGACCGAUGUUCCAUCGGGAGAAAUGUACAUUGCCAAUGGGUGCGAGCUGUCAAUGCGCUCGCCCAAGCAUACCGUCGCGGGCCGAACCGAAACUGCAUGUGUACGCUCGACAUUUGCCCCAAGGCGAUAA